CUUUCUUUUUUUGUCUAUUCAUCGGUAAAGCCAUAAUCAUCACCAUCAGCGAUGCAGAGACCGUUUACCGGCGCCGUGAGAUGGCUGCUCCUCAGCGACCUCCACUUCAAACGUUAUGACCUGGACCGGGUAUGGAAGACGGCCCAAUGGAUUGUUUCCGAGGCGAAGCGGAACCAGGUCCAGCGGGUGGUGAUUUGCGGCGACCUGCUAACCAGCCGCACGAUGCAGCCGACGCACGUGUUGUCUGCGUGCUACCGCUUCAUCAGCCUCCUCAGCGACGCCGUGCCGCGAGUGCACAUCGUGCUGGGCAACCAUGAUCUCGCCUACCGCCGCGACUACCAGACCACGGCCCUUGAUGCCCUCAAUAUCAGCCGCUUAGCUCCCUAUGUAUCGCUGCAUAGCAGCAUUGCCCGCCAUGAAUGGGACGGCCGGAGCGUCUUGCUGCUCCCGUUUCGCGAGGAGCAGGACGAGCUGGCCGAGGCUGUGGCUGCUCUUGGCCCCAGUGAGGCGAGCAAGACGGUUGCUUUCGCUCAUCUCGCCAUCAACAAGGCUAUCACGCAGAGAUACGUGGUUAAUACUGGCAUCAACAGGCCCUACCCGGCAAAUUCCAUCACGUAUCGCGGCUUGACAGGCCCGGAUCGGUUUGCCUCUCUGGCCCGAACAUUCACGGGGCAUUUUCACAGCCAUCAGACCAUUAUCCAGAAACAACCCCGUCACAACAGCACGGUCGAUAUGAGAGGAAGCAUCACGUAUCUUGGCUCGCCCUUGCAGCUGAAUUGGGCCGAUCUCAAUGACGAGCAACGAGGUGUCGUCUUGUUCAAUCCGGAAACGCUCGAGCACGAAUUGCUCACCAACCCGCAUGCUGUUGACUAUAUAACGGCCGAUAUACACCAAGUUCUCGAUGGCCAGAUUGAUAAGGGUACCGUCGAGGGCAAGCAUGUCAUGCUCCUCGGCGAGCUUACACAUAUCAAAUACGUCACGGCUCGCGAAAAGCUUCUCUCUCUAGGAGUGCGAAGUGUGCGGGACUGGACCCCCGUGGCAUUUGCUUUUCGAGCUGGAUUCGGCGCAUCGGUGCCAGCGAGUGAUGCUGCUGUCCAGCUCUUGGAGGAGCCUACCAAUGAUGAGACUGGCCCAGACAUGACAAGUGACGCAGCUUUGGAUUCUAAUCUUUACUCUGAGCCACGAGCUGGAAAACUCGAUCUCGCUGGGGAAGUUCGUAAGUAUGUCGAAGCAUUGGACCUGAACGGGUCUCUUCUCCUGCGACGAGACGAGUUAACGCGGGUUGGCCAGCGAAUAAUCCAUGCCUCCCGCGAGAUCGAAGACCAGGAUAGCGAGGCUGAAGUUAGCCACCGAGACUUCCUCGACGGGUUGACUCAACCUACUGAUACAAGGACCAUUACCGAGCCAUCGACUGACGUCUUCGUGGCUGAGCCGCGUAGGCUCACUAUCACCAACUUUCUUGGCGUGCAGACCACUACCACCAUUGACUUCCGACAAGAUCUUCCGCGCGGACUGACCUUUUUAGUCGGAAAAAAUGGGUCUGGUAAGAGCACAGUCGUCGAGGCGAUGGUUUGGUGUCAGUUCGGACAGUGUGUUCGCAGCGGAUUAACGGUCAACGAUGUCGUCAAUGACCAAGUGGGCAAGGACUGCUCCGUUGUGCUGGAGUUUGCCAAUGGAUACACGAUUGCACGAUAUCGCAAGCAUAAAAUCUUUGGCAACCGCAUCAUCGUUUCAUUGCACGGUGAACCGCAGCCACAAUUUGAGCAUCCAACCGCGCGUACGACUCAGGAGGCUAUUAAUGACCUGCUUGGUACUGACUAUAAGACAUAUGUCAGGACGGUUGUGCUAAGCCAGGAAAGCGCAACAAGCUUUCUAAACUCGACAUUAACGCAGCGGCGUGACUUUAUCGAGGCAUCACUCGGGCUGUCAAUAUUGGAUCAGUGCGGGCAGGUAUCAAAGCUGCUGCUUAGGGAUAUCGACAACGAUGUAGACAAGUCGAAGGUGGAGCUAGACGGUUUGACCCAGACUAAAGGAUACGUUGAACAUCGGAUCAAAGAACUGGAUCAAACUCGAAAGCAACUCGAAAAAGAGGCAGCGAAGGUGGUUGCAUCUCUAACAACGGCAACCCAAAAGCAUACAGAUUCCACAUCAAGAAUCGAUGAAUUAAGGCCCUUUGACGAAGAGUACGCGCUAUUUGAACAUGAUCAAUGCGUGGCUGAGACAGAAAUUGUAGGUCGUGGGCAGCAAAUCUCGGCCGCAAGCACGAGAGCUCAGGGUUUUCCAAAGUUGAGCCAGUCCGCUAAACUCAACAUAAACUUUGACGGUGAGAUUUCAUUGUUGCAAGAUCAAAUAUACAGUGAGCAGGAAAACUUGAACCGCAUAGAGAAACUAUUCGCUCAGAUACAGGCGCAGAAGCUUGUCAAGCCGGCGUCAUGGCUUGGCCAAUUGCAACGGCAAACAAGUGAAAGACUUAGCGCUAUGACGGCAGCUCACCCCGUAGGCGUAUAUAAGAUCUUACACGCCAUUAAGAUUUCCAUGCUUUACUUUCGAUUGAUAGCCAUUGGGGGGCUUUUCCGCAUAACCGGGAUUACAAGCGGUGGCUCUCAAGUAACAAGCGCCCAAGACUACAGCCAAAAGGAGGCAGCCAUCAACAGUCUCCGUGGAGAUGUCAAAAACAGCGCAUCACGACUGCAAUCCCUGAAGCACAAAACAGACAAAGUCAUUGCUUUGGAAACCAGUGCAAUCAACUACACUCUCAUGAUUAAGGAACAGCUCGCGCAGAUCAUUCAGGGCCAAAAGGUAUGCGAAGCCCUGAGGCAACGAGUUACGCUUAAGCAGAGCGAGAUAGACACCUACAGCGGCUUGUUAAAAAAAGAGCAGUCGCAUUUGCACUUGCUAAGCUCAGAAUAUGACGCAUUAGAUACCAAACUCAAAGAUCUCAAAGCUGAUCGCGAGAUUUUUGCAUUUUGGUCAUCUGCCUUGGCAAAGCGCCCCCGUCGCGCCUCUUCAUCAUCAUUGAGUAGAUCUACAGCAAAAGCAGCAACCAAUUUCCGCGAGAUCGCCCUCGCGAAGUCGCUGUCGGAGCUGAAUGCGCGCCUUGUGCAGGUCCUCACAGUGCUCUACGAUGAUACCCAACGCGGGCGCGUUAUGGCAGCGGGAAUGCUGCGCUCGCUGUUUGACGCUGACUCUGUUGACAGCAUGAUGGAUACAUUCAUAUCCUCCCCAAGAGGGGUCCAAACUUCGCUCGCCUACGGCAAACAAUCGGGUGGCGAGCGCAAACGUGUCGACCUGGCGCUCUAUUUCGCAUUAUUGCAGCUUACGUGGUCUAAGAGCGCACAUCGCGCACAUUAUGUCUUCAUCGAUGAAGUAUUUGACAAUCUGGAUGAGGCAGGCCAAGCGGCUGUAGCUAAGUGGUGCGGGCUCAUAUCGCAGACGGUGGCUGAUUGGGUCUUGAUGAUUACGCACAGCAGAUUCUUGUCCGAGCAAGAUCCCGGGGAAUACGCGGGCAAAGUUUCAGUUGUCAGAGCAGAGAAAGGACAGAGGGGAGCGGAAUUGUACACUGAUGGACGGAGGAUUGGUGUCCACGAUGGGGACUCUUAAACCCAGAGAUGGUUGUCAUAUUCUUCACUUUUAAAAAAGGGUGUGCUAUUUGAACUUGCUGAGCCUUCUAUAGAGUCCGGUGUGCAGCAAGUCAGAAAGAUUCCAGCAUUGGCCAAUAGAAAUCAAGCAUAUUCGGGUUUCGAUCAAUCGACC